UCCAGGAUCAGCUUGCGGCGCGGUGCUGUGACGUCACCGGAAGCCGGCACCUCCGGUCCGGUGCAGUCUUCCCAGGACCCUCAGGGAGAACCGGCUGCCUAGUAGGCGGACAGAAAUGGAUUCCGAACUCAAGGAAGAAAUUCCUGUGCAUGAGGAAUUCGUUUUGUGUAGUGGAGCCGAAACCCAGGUUCUAAAGUGUGGGCCCUGGACUGACUUCUUUUAUGAUCAAAGUGUCAAAAGACCUAAGCUGCUUAUUUUCAUUAUUCCUGGUAACCCAGGUUUUGCUGGCUUUUAUGUGCCAUUUGCAAAGGCUUUAUACUCUUUGACAAACAGACGCUUUCCAGUUUGGAUUAUCAGUCAUGCUGGGCAUGUGCUGGCUCCAAAAGACAAGAAGAUUCUUAAAACAUCAGAGGAUUCAAAUGCUCAAGAAAUUAAGGACAUCUAUGGCCUGAAUGGACAAAUAGAGCACAAACUAGCUUUCCUGAGAACUCAUGUGCCAAAGGACAUGAAGCUUGUGCUCAUUGGCCAUUCAAUAGGCAGCUAUUUCACUCUUCAGAUGCUGAAGCGAGUCCCUGAUCUCCCAGUGUCCUUGCUCUUGCAGGAACAGUGGUGAAAAGGAGAAACAAAGAUGGAACAUGAGCUUAACCUACUUUAUUUGUGGAGACGUAACUGAAACUGAUUAUAGAGUUUUCAGAAAGACAUGUGAAGCUGUGUUUUAUCUUCUUAAAAAGGGUGUAGGCUAGAAAAUAAUGUGUGCAAUAAAUUGUCCAAAAGGUCACUUAUUUUGGGGGAUGGUGGGAGCAGUGAACAUCUGCAUGAUUUUUAAAUUAUUAUUCAGAAGCAUUAUCUGGUUUCAAUUAACUACAUUGUUGAAAUUCCCCACCCCAUCCCCAGCCCUCAUUAAACACCUGGGUCAGUGAAUAUUAGUGGUGUGAUCCCAGCCAAAGUGUCGAAAUUUCAGUGUCUCUGGGCUGUGCUAAGACACCAGAGUGCCUGCAUGCCUGAAGUUAGCAUGACAUGCUCCAUUUAAGAUGCAUUUGACAAAUAAGUUUGUGUAAGCCAGAAUGUUACAAUCCUUAAUCAUUUUGCCAAAAAUAAGUUAGCUAUUAUGUUUUAUAACAUAUGAAGUGUGAUAAUAAGAAACUUGUGUUUCCAUCUCUUCUGUUAUUUUUACUGGAAUAUUUGACUCGUAAGAUUUUGAGGACAUAUGUGUAGUUUAGUAGCUAGCUGGUUUAUUUAGUUUUAUUUUGGUUCAGCUCUUUACAAUAUUUUCAUAACUAAUUAUAGACAACUUGGUCUUAAAUAAUUUUAAGACACUUAUUGUAUAUGUCAGAUAUGUUGUCUGACCUGUAUUUUAAUAUACUAAAAAAAUGUCCAUUUAAAAAAAAUCUGAUAUUUAAAAUUAUUUAUCUAAACAAAUUCCAUACAUAGAAUUAGAGAUAUUCUUCAUAUAUUUUGAAAGUAAUGCUCAAUAUAGGGAAUUUAAGGAGAAACUUGAGCAAAUAGGUAAUUGGAAGACUGUUAAAUAAUAACUAUCAUGACUUAUAAUAAUAAACAUAAUUGUUUUUAGAGUUAUAGGAUCUUAGAACUGAGAUAGGCUUUAGAGACAAUCUGACCCCAUCUUUCAUUUUAUCAAUGGAAAGUGAGAGAAAGGUCUCUUGCCAGGAUUCAGCCUUGGUUCUGAAUCUGGGGUGGGGUAUACUGGUAUUAGCUGUGAGUAUAAAAAGAAUCUCAGAAGGUAUCGAUGGGUAUCGAUGGCUCCUUCAGCCUGUGGAUGAUCGCAGUCUGCGUGUCCUGCAGUGCAUCUAACUGCUAGGUUUGUGUGGCUCAUUGUGUUGGUGCUUCAGGAUACGAAACCCCUGAAAGCUCUAACAAUUUCAGGGUUGUAUGUUGGCGUGAAGGGAGACUAAUACAGAGGGAGAAAAGUAGUCAUCUUAUCCCCACUAUCUAGAAUCUUCUUUCUCUUAUCAUCAACCCUCUAUAUGUUAAAAAUGUGUCACCUGAUUUUGCCAGUAAAUCUUUUCCAUAAAGUUCAGUUCAGUGAUUCUGCACUGAGUCUUGGGGUGAACUUCAAGUAAUAUAACUUUAAUUCUCCUCCAAUAAUUUAUAUAACCUUUAAUGAUAACAUGCCCUCCUCUUCCAGGCAUAUCAGAUCCUUCAUAAACUUAAUUUUUUAAAUUAUUUGGCCUUCAUGUUUUCUUUGUGUGGUUGGCAAAAAUGUCUUCUCUCUGAAUGAAAUUUCCAGAAUACUUAUAAAGUCACUCCUUUAAGGACCUGUUUUUUCCAACCGGAUAAAAAUUUGUCUAAAAUAUAUUAUUUGUUUAUCUGCCUUCUUCAGCAAUACGAAUUGACUAUGGAGGAAUUUUUCUGUAGUUAUUUCAGGGCAGUGGUAAUAACACCAUUAUUUGAAUAGUGUUGUGCCAGAAUAAAAUGUAAUGAAAAGGAAUGUGCCUGUAUCCUGAAAUGUCUUAAGUGAUCAUGUUUCUUCAUUAAAAAAAAUGGUUCCUGUGUGUCUAUUUUAGUUUUUCUAUCUCCCCUCUCAGUGUUAAGUACCCCUUCUUUUCCCUACUUCUAAUUUAUUGCUACUGAUUUGCUAUGGGCAGAGAAAACUGAUAACCACAUUAUCAUCUUUUUCAAUAUGAAUGAACAGGUCCUAAAUAAAGAUAAAUGAGUAAAAUUGACAGCAUUAAACGUGUGGGUAUUGUUAUCACUCAUAGCCUUUUUUCUCUUACUUCUUUUGAGAUCCUCAAAAAGGAUGCUUUAGGGCACUUUAAAACUCAAAAUUUUAGAGACUCAAAUGCAACUACAGCUGAGAAUCUUUCAAAACUUUACUAAAAGAAUUAGAAUAGCAUGUUAAUCAUGUAUAUGUUGAUUCAGGAAUAUACCUUAUCCAUACUAGGGAAAAAUAGCUUCAAUGUUCUCUAACAAUGAGAUUAUUGAGACUGUAGUUUACUUACACUGUUCUGCUGAAACUUCAUGUCUGCUGUCAAAGUUAGACAUGCUUGUAAGAAGUAUUCAUAUAAUGUCACUCACUGUGUUCAACAGUUGAGAUAAUCUAGAGGGGGGGAGAAGAAUAGGAAAUAACUCAUUUGUCAUAGUAAAUUUUGUCAGAGUCCUGUCCCUCGAUUAAGUGACAAGACAUGAAAUGCAAAAUGAGGCAGUACUCUAAGGCUCUGAAUAUUUUGUGGAGAGAGGUGUCUUCUACCUUGGAAGCUCAGAAAAAGCUUCCUGGAAGAGCUUCAGGGCCACUGAAGGAGUUGUGUCUGGAAGUAGAGGAUUUGAUAUGGUGGCAUGACGGGGGGUGGUUACUGUGCACUCUAAGCAAGGGGACAGCAUGAAGAGAAAGAGUUUUUAUCACUGGGCACAGAGAGAGGGCAGUAGGUGUGGGACUGGGUUGCAGCAGAGUGUGCCUGGAGGGAUCAGUCAAGACGUGAGAUUCCAGGUCAAUAGAGAUAGAUGACAAGCUGGGCUAGGGAGUGUGGAGUCAUUUUCUGGACAGCAGAAAGCCAUGAAGGAUCUCUGAUGAUAGCAGUCAUGCAUCAGAUAAAUGAAUCUCUCCAAGAAAAGGAAAAUGAGAGGGAGAGAGAAAAAGUGCUGUAUGAAAAGUGAACAUCUAGGUGACAGGAAAGUUUACUAGUCCAAGCAAGAAAUAAUAAAGACAGUGUAAGGGAUAAAGUUGCCCAGGGAUAUUGUUGAGAAAAGAGAGAGGUCAUAGAUGUAUAUUGAGAUUAUUACUUUAUUUGCCAUAAAGGGGUGUUACAGGAUCGUUGAAGUGUUGCUUUUCUGCUGGAAACCUGUGGCUGGUGGUACCUUUGCCUGAGUUUUGCUUGGGCCCACUGGGCUCAUUGACCCCACUCUGCCUGACAGGCUACACUCAGCUCAUGCUGAUGACCUGGAUCCCAUGCCUCCAAGGGAGACUAGGGUUGGGCGUGGAGUGAUGGGUUGCAUAUGAGCGAGCGUGAGGUCUGACCACUGCACAGUCAGAUAUGCUGCUGUGAGGCAGGCAACUCCAGGUGCCAGCAUAGGUACCAGCUUUCUGCAAGGCUGUGGCUGGACCAGGCGCACCGCAGGCAGCUUCCCCAGCUGGCACUAGGGAAUGCGGCGGCACCCAGAAGCUUAGAGAUGCCAGGAACCACAGGGCCCCAAAGAGGGAGUCACAGCUGUGGCUAGGGAAACUCCCAAGUCUGGGCUUCCUGAAGAGCUGCAGCUUUUCUCUCCUUCUCUUCACCCGCAACAUGGCAAGCAGUGGGCAUGUUUCAGUCCUGUUUGUGUAACAGAAACUCUUUUAGCCUCACCAUUUGUCAAGUCCUGCGUUCUUGUCCUGUGACCAGGAAGAAUAAGGUAUGAAGACAAGUGGAGGGUGAGCAAGACAUAGAGGAGCUUUAAUUAAGCAAUAGAACAGCUCAGAGAAGACUUGCAGUGGACAGCUCCUCUCUAGCCAGGGUGUCCCAAUGAGUGGUCAGCUCCGAGCAGAGAGGGUAGCUGCUCUCUGCAGCUGUUCAGCCUGACAAGUAUAUAGCUCUCAGCAGAGACAGCAGCUCCUCUCUGAGGCUGGUCAUCCCAUCCUGCAGCUCUUGGCAAAGAACUAGAAUAGGUGGCUCCUCUCUACAGGUAGGUUUUCCCUUUCUCUGCCUCUCUUGGCAGAGAUUGUAGCUCCGUUCUGCAGCAGGUCGUCCCUUUGUCUCUCUGUCCUCUGCUCUGCUCUGGCUGAGCCCAGGUCUUUGAUGGGCCUCAGAGGGAAGGAAGUGACCAUUAAUUCAUCCAUGGGCAGCCAUGAGUGGGUCCAGAAAGAGCACCACAAGUCCCCCAUCCUGGUACAUGGGACUAGCAGCCUGCCCCCUUGCCUUCAGGCCCUCUGUGGCCUGAAGGUAGUGCUUCGUCAGGGAUGCUUCCCCUUCUGCCCAAUAGCCCAUCUGCCUCCUGCCAGCAUCCCUGGUGCCCAGGUUGCUCAUACCAGCAGGCAUCUGCAGGCCAGUGCUGAGCUACUCUCAGCACCCUCCCUUGACCUCCCCCACAUGCUUAUCAGUACCUGAAGUCCAGAGAGGGCUGAGGUAGCAGGGAGCUGGCAUGUUAUUGCUGCCUCAAGUGUGCACACACCUGGUUGGGCUAUGACAGUGCCCAGGCUCGACCUCAACUCUACUCCAAAAUCAGAGCAGGUACCAGGAGCAGGGAGAGGCCAGGCAGGAGCAGGCUUCUCCAAGCCUUUAAAGGCAAGGGGAGGACAGAGAGUCUUGGGUCCAAAGCCCUGACUUGGGCUUCUGCCUGCUCCUGGCUCUAGUGGCUUUGUGGAGCAUGAAGCCCAGCUGCACCUGCUCAUAGCCUGGGGCAGGGGCUCCAGGUCCUCGCUGGGCCUAGGCCAGUGUCAGGACAAGGGCAACAUCACAAGCUCCCCCAAUGGCCCUGGCAUUCAGGGGCAGCUAGGAGCUCCCCCUUGCCCAGAUUGUGGCCCUACCAAAUGCACACCUCCAGGAGUGGAUUGCAGGCCCUGGCCUGGCCAUCAGGAGUGUCAGGCCUGGUGGUCACCCUGAUGCAGGGCAGACCCUGGGGACAGAGCCCCGGGUGGCCCUGUGCAGAGCCUCAUCCCAAGGCACAGGGACCCUGCACCACUGGCUGGUCUCCAAAGCGGGCGUUGCAGUAAGCUCCCUCAGGGAAAUGGGGCCGCUGCCAUCAGGAAGAGGAGGAGAAGGAGGAGGAGGAAGUCAGAAAGAGGCAGAAGGUAUAAUAAUUUUCUAAACUAUUGGCUGUAAUCUGUUCGUGGAUCCCCAAAUCACUUCAGUGGGUUGCAACCAAUGGAUCAGUCAAGACAGAGUGGACUGCACUAUAAUAACACAACAAAGUUGUGGCUUUUAACAACAAAGAUUUGUUCCUUGUUCAUGAUGCAAAUCCUCUGAGGGUAGGCUGCCCCUAUGAAGAUCUCUAUGCAGGCUUUCUCCAGAAUCCAGAUUGAUGGAGUAGUGUCUAUCUGGAAUAGUCAAGUCCCGUGGCAGAGGAUCUAAAGGGAAUAGUGAAUCACACCUGCAUUUUAAAACCUCUUCCUGGAAGUGAUGAUUGUCACUCCUCAAAUUUUGUUUGACAGAGCAGAUCAUAUGACCAAGUCAGCCAUCUGUGAGGCUGUGAAGUACAGUUCUCCCCAGAGAAUGAAAGCAUAUGUUUGUGACCAAUAAAACAGUGUUUUUAAACAACGUAUAAUAAAAUAGAGGAAAAUAGAAUAGAAUAAAAAUAUAUUGUAGUAAAGGCAUUAUGAAACUUUUCACUUUUUAUGAGUGUGUGUUGAUAACUUAGAUUACAAUGUCAAAUGUACAUCUCUCUGUGAGUCAAGGUUAAAAAAAGUUUGAAAAGCAUUCAUCUGGACUACAGUACACCACAGCAGCUAAGAACAGAGCAAGAAUGUCAAGAAAGGGGUAGAUAUAUGGAGGAUUAAAGAUGGUCACAGAUUUUUUUUUUUUUUUUUGUCAUUCCUCUCUUAAGAGAUGAAGCCUGUUUCCCUUUCCCUUUAAAUUUAGGCCAAGCAUGUGACUUGCUUUUACCAAUAAGAUACAGUGGGUACUUCUUUCUGGUACCUUCAAGUCCAGGCCUUAAGAGGACUGGGAGCUUCUGUUUCCUUCCUCAGAAGCCAGCUACCAUGUAAGAAGGCCAACUGCCCUGAGACCACGAGGCUGAGAGAAAGCCCAAGCUAGCUAUGGAGGAUCAUGAGGCACCAGGCCUGAGUCAAACCUUCUUGCGCCUUCCAGCCCAUCUCAGCCCAGCCCAUCCACCACUGAAUGCAGCCAAGUGAGUGACCCCAGCCCACAGCACGUGGAGCAAAAGUACCAUCCAACUAAGCCCUACUCGAGUACCUGACCCACAGAAUUGUGAGAAAGGAUAAUCAUUGUGAUUUUAAAUCGUAAGUCUAGAGAUGUUAUGUUAUAUAGCAGUAGAUAAUUUAAACAAGGUACAGGGUUGAGUGUAACACAUGUUGACGGCUUCAGGCUUCUAGAGUAAAAAGUCCUUGAUGACCUGGAAGACAGACUUUUUAGUGAAAUAAUAGGACAAGAGGGUUGCAGGAAGUUAGGUGAUAAAUGGAUAGUGAUUCCAUUGGCCAGUGAAGGGGAGAAAAACACAGGAUAAUUUAAGGAAGAAGCUGGUCAAGGGAACUUUUUUUCCCUAUAAUUGGGGGAGAAUUUAACUUAUGCUGAGGGGAACAGCCCAAGCACAGAUGUUGAAGAUGAAAGACAUAGGAACUUUUCUUGGAACAGGUUUCCUUCCAUUGGUCUUUUAAGUCUACAUACUUGAAAACUUGGAAAAUUGAAUUUUUCUUAAUAUUUGUAUCUUUGCAUAGUGGUUUCCCUUUUUCCUGGGGUGUAAGGGGGAAUGUAUAUUACAUAUUUGGUUCUCGUUUUCCAUCUAGAAAAAGUCUAGCUCAAUUUUUAAAAUUGAUGUUAUUGUCAUUACUAACAGUGAAUAUUACCUAACAUUGAUUUGAAAUUUACACACAUGUUCACAUGAAACGAGUUGUUUUAACAAUCUGAUUUUUUUCAUGUUAAAGAUGAGACUGAAGUGCCAAGGAGUCAUGUGUCCAACUCAUAUGUCAACUAGUAGAAAGUAGCAGAGCAGGGACUUUGUAUUCUGUUUUCUAAUUUCCCGUUUACCUGUUUUCUAGGUGAGUUAAUUAGAGAGGUGAUGAUUACAAAUGGUCAGAGUAAGUUGCUUUUACAAACCACCAAACUAUUUGGCCUAAACUUAAAAUUUCUAUUUUUGCUUUUUUUUUUUUUGAGUUGGAGUUUUGCUCUCGUUGCCCAAGCUGGAGUACAAUGGCGCAAUCUCAGCCCACUGCAACCUUCACCACCUGGGUUCAAGAGAUUCUCCUGGCUCAACCUCCCAAGUAGCUGGGAUUACAGGUGCGCACUACCCUGCCUGGCUAAUUUUUUUGUAUUUUUAGUAGAAACGGGGUUUCACCGAGUAAGCCACAGUGGUCUCGAACUCCUGACCUCAGGUGAUCUGCCCCCUUUGACCUCCCAAAGUGCUGGAAUUACAGGCCUGAGCCCGUGCCUGGCCUGUUUUUAAUAUUUGAGUUCUUCAAAUACACCAGGAGUGCUUUAGUAAGAAGCAGGUGAAUGCAUUGCGAGGAGUUCGGAGAGAAGAGAGAAAUGACAGCAUAUGUGAGUGUUCUGGAGCAUAGGAGAUAAAGGGAGCUGUUAAGGCCUGGACCAAGGGCAAAAAUGAAACUGAAGAGAUAGUAAAUCAGAGUCCUAGAAUUCAGCUGGGGACAGAAGGAGUAUGAAGGAAAUUGAAGUAUUCUGCAAACACAAUGCAUAGCAGUUUGGCAAUUACCUCUAUGUGACCCAUUAAUAAAUCCUGCUGUGUGAAAAACACAGGCUUAGACAAUCAGCAACUACUCUGAUUUGUGAAAGAUAUUCCAUUUCAGAAAACAGUUGAUCUCUUACCCUAAGAAAAGUUUGUAUUGUAUAUGAUGAAAUGCUUUUUUUCCAGUCACUUAUGCAUUUAUUUAAAUAUAUAUGUAUCUGUACAUGUGUGCGCACACACACAUUAUCUUUUCUGAAUUACCCAGGAGAAACCUUGCUAAUAAAAACUAGACACAUGGACAGUUUCAACUUUUCAACUUCAGCCAUUUUUAGUUAUCUGCUUAUUUUUUUAAAUCCUGAAAUUGCUUUCAAAGUGGAAAAAUUGUGUGGGCUUUUUUCAUCUUUUCAUAACUCAAAAACGACUUAAUAUGUUUUUCUGAAACUUCGCAAAGAAAGAAAAAAAUCACCUUUGGGCUGAAACCAAGCAUGGAAAAUUUCACCACAAAGGGCUAAUUUUUUGGAAAGCUGCAAGAAAGUGAAAACAGGACUUUAUAAUAGAGCAUUCUUCAUGCAUGUUAAUACUUACUGCUUUAUCUAAUGCAUUUCAUCUGAGAAUUCCAGAACACUUUUCAGAUUUAAAUAUUGAGCCAUUUUAAUAUUUGUGUACCCAUGAUAUACUGUCAGAUGUUAAAAAGUUCCCCCAUCCUCUCAGAUGUCCAGUAGCUUGGGAAUUAGUGAGAUGCGUUUAAAGUGACAGGUAGGGCAAAUGAAGUUAAGUGACUGCUGGACAGAGAAAGCCAUGUAUUUGCCGCCCAAUACAUUUUAUCACUACCUCUUCUUGGCCCAGGAGUACUGUAGUUGUAAGUAAAAUACACUAGGCACUAAUUUGAAUAAGCCAGCAUGCCUCAAAGUAGUAUCAACAUCACUUGUGAUCUUGUUAGAAAUGCAAAUUCUUGUCCCUCUCCACACCCCGAGUGGUGGGGCUUACCAACCAGCACUUAACUAGCACUGCAGGUGAUUCUGAUACAUGCUUAAGUUUGAGAACCACCUACCUAAGCUUUCCAAAAGCUUGGAACAGAACACAUUGAAAUGCUCUGGACAAUUAAAUCUGUUCUUGGUCUUUCUGUGAUGCCCGCUCUGUCUUCUCAUAUCCCUUGGAAGCAGGAGGAAUACGAAUCAAAUUCUCUGAAGGAAAGGUCUUCUAUAUUAAUGUGUUCUAGCUCUUUCCACCUAUGAUGUUGUCUAUUAGCACAGAGACUCCCUUGAGUGAAGAUGCUGAUAUCAGCUUGUAUCAAGAUGUAUUUUCUCAUUUCCCUGAAUUAUCAGGGUUAAAACUAGAAUGGGACUAUAUAUUUCUUUGAAAUCUUUUAAGUUCUAAGAUAUAAGCAGCAAGGUAUCAGAUCUGUCAGUGGAAGCUGAUUUAAGCCAUAUUCUUUGGUGUGUACAUUCUUGAUCUGAUGCUUUGCAGUAGUAUUCUGCAGUUCAGCAAACUCCAAGGUCUGUAUUGUUGUGUCUUGAGGCACUGAAGUAGUUGUUGGAGAAUAUUACCGUGGUGAUGGAAGUUGCUAGUCUGUGGUAUGUGGACCUUUAGCUAAUUAUUUUAGCUUAGGUUAAUUACUAUAAAUAAUUUGUAGAAAUUCAUAAAAAGGACAGCAAGUUCUCAAAGAUGCAAAGGAUGUGAACAGAUAAUUCACUGAAGAACUAGCUAGUUUAUCAAAAAGUGUGUGCCUACCACAAUGUAUGAUACAGUGUUUAAUGAAUUAGCAUAUAGUAAUAUACUUAAUGAUGUCUGUUUAUGUUGAGUAUAGUAGUAUUUGCUAAUGUUCAUUUGAUGAAUGAACCUCAACAGUUAUCAAAAUUAACUAUUACUAUUGCAUAAUCUAAAAUUACAUAGGAAACAUAAACUUUAGGUUAACCAAGAAGAAAAUUUGUGUUGUGUAUUUGUAUACUUAUAUACAUUUUUAGAAAGUUUGAACAGGUAAAUACCAGGUGGCUUAUAGUAGUUUUCUGUGUGGUGGUGAAGGGUAAAGCUUGUGUUGGAGUGAAAACUCUAUAUUGUUUCUCCUUUUCUUUAUAAUGACCAUGUGUUAUCAGAAAAAAAAGUUUCCAUUAAAAAAGUAUUCAUACCUUUUGAACCUAUUAAUUCUUUUCUUUGGAAUUUAUAUUAAGAAAACAGUCAAAGGUAGAGAAAAUCAUGUGCAAAAAUACUAUUAUAACAAAAAAUUGGAAAUAUUCUAAUGUCUAACCUUAAAGGCAAGUAUGGAUGUCUAGCCAUUAAAGUUAUGUUUUCAAAAGACAAUGUAAUACAUAAUUGUAGAAUGUAAUUCUAUAAUUACAAUGUGUUCUGUUCCAAUGUAAUACAAAUUAUAGAAUAUAAAAAUGUCAGAAUACAUAGAGAAUAUGUGAAUACAACUGUAUAAAAAUUAC